UUGGAUUCUACGCACUUUCUGGGUGGGUUAUCGUCGAGAUCUUCCUUUAGCCCGAGGCGACCCGCGAACGGACGACCUCAUUCAGACCACGAUCAGGAGGAAGUUUGAGAAGAGUACGGUGCUGUCGAUCACUCAUCGACUUAACACUGUCAUGGACAGCGAUUGCAUUCUAGUAAUGGACGCUGGUAACGCGGUGGAAUUCGAUCAUCCCCACGUGCUUCUGCAGAAGGAGACAAGUUAUCUAAAGACCAUGGUGCAGGAAACCGGCACGGCGAUGGCAGAGGCUCUGGCCGACGUUGCCCGCAACUGCUACGAGAAUCGCGUUUUGAUGCAUCCGCUGUGUUAACUUUUCGCAAUUGCAUGUGGCAAACAUCAGUGAUAGGCCAUUCCGUCGAUUUUUUACGAGCAGUUCUUAGACAAAUUCUUAAAAUUUGAAAAAUAAGAGAAAAAGUGCAAUGUAGAUGAAAUUCAGU